AUGCUUCAGAUUCGCCCAAAUGAUCAAUCAAUGUUGUUAAAUGCGGGUCGACUGUUGCAACAAUAUGUUGUAGACAAUUAUGUCAAAAUUGAAUCAGGGAGAUUAAGGUGGAUUAAAGAGCACCAAAGUGAUAUACGUUCUGAAUUGUACCAAGGUUUACAUGAUGCUUUGCAUGUUGGUGAAACUAAUGCAGAGAACAUUGGAAAAAGAACAAUAUUGCCAUCACCAUUUAUUGGCGGUCGUCGAGACAUGACACAACGUUAUGAAGAUGGCAUGGCUAUUGUUCUUAAUGGCGGUAAACCAAAUAUUUUUCUAACAAUGACAUGCAAUCUUUCUUGGAGUGAGAUAACAUCAGAACUUUUGCCUUUUCAAACACCACAAGAUCGUCCAGAAUUGCUAACAAGAAUAUUUCGUUCGAAAUUUGAAAAAUUGAAGGACGAUGUUAUUAAUAAAGGAGUCUUGGGUAAAGUUAAAAGCUACAUGUAUGUCACUGAAUUUCAAAAGCGAGGACUGCCGCAUGUGUAUAUGUUGUUGGUCUUAGAAAGUAACGAUAAGUUGCGUGACCCAAAAGAUUAUGAUAGUAUGGUAAGAGCAGAAAUACCUAAAUUAGAAUGUGAACCACAGUUGUAUGAAGCUGUUGUAAGACAUAUGAUCCACGGACCUUGCGGCAUAAUCAACCGAAAGUCUCUAUGUAUGAAAGACGGACAUUGUAAAAAAAGGUAUCCCAAACAUUUCUUGGAUGAAACACGUCAAGGCACUGACUCAUAUCCCGAGUAUAGGAGAAGGUUUGAUGAGUCUGUAUCGUUAGGUAGAGAUAGGUCUAUUGAUAAUAGAUGGAUUUGCAGUAGCAUUAAAAGUAUCAAGUAUCUAUACAAAUAUGUGUACAAGGGCCCUGAUCGUGUGGCUAUGGAGGUUCAUAAAGGAUCAUACAUGGAUGAAGUUCAGCAAGAUGGAUUUGUGCUCCCGAGGCAUUAUGGAAAAUAUUUCGAUUCACUUUUUACUGAUUAUAUCCUUCGGUUGAAAGAUUGCAGAUCCACUUGCCGAACCGCCAUCAAGUGCGCUUUUAUGAUCAUCAGCAAAUUGCAGAUGUGUCCAACCAGUUGGGAAUAUCUUCUUACAAAUAAUGGCAUCACUUUCAGUACAUUCAAAAAAUCAGCCGAGGAUAGGGGAUUUCUAGAGACUGAUCAUAGUAUUCGUGGUUGUCUGGUUGAGGCUACGAGUCUCCGAAUGCCAUAUGCUUUACGAAGGUUAUUCGUGACGAUUUUAAUAUUUUGUGAACCUACUGAUGUUAGAGGCCUUUGGAAUGAGUUUUUUACACAUAUGGUAGAGGAUUAUCAAACAGCUAACAAUGUUGUGGAAUCAUACUUAACUAAUAUGUUGUUGAAGGACUUGAAUGAACUCCUAAACCUGCACGGUAAAAAGAUUGAAGAUUAUGAUCUCCCAUAUUUACCCCCUAAUACAAUAGACAGAGGUGCAGUUCCAAGUAUCAAAGAAGAGGAGUUAGCGAUCGAUAUCCCCAAUGAAGAUAUUGAAUCUAUUGCUAACUUAAAUAAUGAUCAAAUGAUUGCAUUAAACACCAUUAUGAAUGUAAUUGUUCAAAAACACAGUGGGGUAUUUUUUGUUGAUGGUCCAGGAGGAACAAGUAAAACAUUCCUUUAUAGAACAUUAAUGGCAAGUUUAAGAAGUAGAGGAGAAAUUGUCUUAGCAACUGCAUCAUCUGGUAUAGCUGCAACAUUGUUACCCGGUGGUAGGACUGCACACUCUCGAUUUAAGAUACCUAUUGAUAUACAACCGAGUUCCAUUUGUGGUAUUCAAAAGCAAAAGGAUCUUGCAAAUCUCAUUAGAGUUGCUGCCGCAAUAAUUUGGGAUGAAGCACCAAUGACAAAUAAAAAUUGUUUGGAAGCCUUAGAUCGAUCAUUACAAGACAUUUGUAGCAACAAUGCUCAAUUUGGUGGAAAAGUUCUGAUCAUGGGGGGGGGGGAUUUUCGUCAAGUUCUUCCUGUUGUAAGAAAAGGUACUAAGGCACAAAUGAUUUCAGCGUGUAUUGUUCAGUCUCAUUUAUGGAAUCAUACCAAGAUUUUGCCUUUGCGUCACAAUAUGGGAUCAUUGCAUGAUCAAGAGUUUGCAGAAUUUCUUAUUCGCAUUGGUGAUGGUGUUGAACCUACCAAACUAGAUGACAUGGUGAGGUUACCUUUACAUAUUGCAAUCCCAUGGGAAGGUGAACAUUCCAUACAAGUACUUAUCCAACAUAUUUUUCCUAAUUUAGAAUUGCAUGGUUGGGAUGCCCCAUAUAUGGUACAAAGAGUUAUUUUGACACCAACAAAUGAUGAUGUCCAAAAAUUGAAUGAUAUGAUUAUUGAUCAGUUUCCAGGAGAAGAACAUAAUUUGUUAUCGUUUGACGAGGUUGAAGGAGAUAAUCAUAAUUUACACCAGCAAGAAUUCUUAAACUCAAUUGCACAAGGUAGUUUGCCACCACAUAUUCUAAAGAUAAAAAAGGGUGCACCAUUGAUUUUGUUACGAAAUCUAGAUCCUAGAUAUGGAUUGUGUAAUGGGACCUGGUUAUUAUGUCGUGGUUUAUUUAUGAAUAUGUUGAAUGUGGAAAUCUUGACAGGAAGCAACACAGGAAAACGUGCUUUUUUUGCCUAG